GUUAACAUGGAAAGAAGAUCAACAACUUCUGCUGUGUUCCUUGCACUUAAAAAACAAGGAGUCCACAGAGUGUGAAAUAUAUGGAGCACAUGUCAUUUGACACAGUUUGAUGCCGAGCUUUUUCUGUUCUCAGAAUGGAAUAAAGAUGAGCAGCUCAAAGGAAUGUGGUGACCAAAAGAGGCCCUUUUUGUCUUUUUCUAUUGAAGAGAUUUUAAAAAAGCCAUCCCCUAAGGUUUGCUCACAUGGCACCAUGGUCUACAAUAACCAACCUGAGGCUACUCAGAUCCUCCGUUCGGAACCACCUUUGGACAUAUGUAAGAAUGAGAAGAAAGGAAAACGCCGGAUCAGGACAACCUUCACAACUGAGCAACUCCGAGAACUAGAGAGGAUCUUCCAGGUGACACACUACCCAGAUGUCAAUGUCCGCAACCAACUGGCAGCAAAAAUCAAUCUUCCAGAAACCAGCAUCCAGAUCUGGUUCCAGAACCAGCGGGCAAAGUGGAGGAAACAUGAAAGGUUUGGUAAUUUUGGUGGUCUUCAUCAUCUAACUGAGGCUGAUUUGAUUCCAGAUCCACCAGCAGAUAUAAAAACUCCAUGCCUGAUAACCAGAAAUCUUCCUCGCGUAGGCAUCCCCACAUGGCACUACUCCCCAUGGCAAGCACAUUGUGCAUCUGCCUGGCUACCAAACGUUUUGCCCUGUGCCCCACUGCACAUGGACCCAGUGGUGAUCUCAAAGCCUUAUCUCCUCCUUGACUACCUUCCUCCUUACUGCCUUCCACCUCUGCCUCUGAAGCGAGCACAAAGACACAUCCGUGCCAAUUUCACAUAGAAGAGGACAGCAUGAGAAGAGCUCUGAGGCCAUACCAUGGUUUUC